AUGUCCUUGGGGAACGACAACACCAUCACCAAAUUUAUUCUCAUUGGACUAUCUGAAAAUCCCCACGUCAAGGCUCUGCUCUUUGCGCUGUUCCUGGAGAUUUACCUCUUGACCAUCAUGUGAAACCUGAUGCUGCUGCUGGUGAUCAGGGCUGAAUCUCACCUCCACACACCCAUGUACUUCUUUCUGAGUCACCUCUCUUUUGUUGAUCUCUGCUUCUCGUCAGUCACUGUGCCCAAGAUGUUGGAGAAUCUUCUGUCACAAAGGAAAACAAUAUCAGUAGAGGGCUGCUUGGCUCAGGCCUUCUUUGUGUGUGUUGCUGCAGGGACUGAAGCCUGUCUGCUCUCAAUGAUGGCCUAUGACCGCUAUGUCGCCAUCUGCCACCCAUUGCUCUAUGGACAGAUCAUGAUUAAACACCUGUAUAUGCAGCUUGUGUGGGACUCAUGGGGACUGGGCUUUCUGGACGCACUCAUCAACAUCUUCCUAGCUAUGAACAUGGUCUUCUGCAAGGCCAAGAUCAUCCCCCACUACGGCUGUGAAAUGCCCUCUCUCCUCCCUCUGUCCUGCUCUGAUAUCUCCAGGAACCUCAUUGUCUUGCUCUGCUCCACUCUUCUGCAUGGACUGGGAACCCUCCUUCUGGUCUUUUUAUCCUAUGCCGGCAUUAUCGCCACCAUCCUGAGCAUCAGAUCGACCUCAGGCAGAAGCAAGACCUUCUCCACAUGCUCCUCCCACCUCACUGCAGUGACACUGUACUACGGCUCAGGGUUCUUCUGCUAUCUCAUGCCAAAUUCAGGUUCCCUCAUGGAGUUAAUCUUCUCUGUGCAAUAUACUGUAGUCACUCCUAUGCUGAAUCCUCUCAUUUACAGUCUGAAGAACAAGGAGAUGAAGGCAGCUCUGAAAAGAACUUUGGAAAAGUAUUUACAGCAUAUCAGGUACUGAAAUCAAA